UUUUUCAUAUUAUCUCAUUUUUAAAUGCUAAUCUCAACAAUAUUCAUAAAACUAUACUCAUUUAUAGUUUAAAUUUGUAAAUAAACAUUUUGUGGUAAAAUAGUAUAGUUAGCACUUCGACAAAACUAGAGAAUUAUUUUUGUUGCAUCAAAAAAGUGGUUAUAAUCACUAUCCCACAAUCCAGCAAAGAUAGUUCUUAAAAUGUCACUAAAAUGCAUAGUUGAAUUACAACUUAGCAAAAGGUCUACUUUUUCAGAAAAAAAGAACCAAACAUGGCCUUUUUCCUGAAAAGUUCCAUAAAAAGUUGUUUAUAUUUAUUUAAGAAUGUUAUUUAAAUGUAAAUUGCUUCUAACGUCAAUUAUGGCAGAAAACUUUGUGGGUUAACAAAAAAAUAAAUAAACAAAUAAAACCUGACUCCUUAAAACCGCCAAAAAGACGGCGCGCGCGAAAAACGGUCACAGCGUAGAUUAUUUCAUAUCCAGCUAGAGGCUCAGCCGGUCACCUCAGCAGCAGUUUCUGGUUUUGUGAGAAGCGAAUGAGACUUGUUAUCUCGUUAUCUGAAGGUAAACAAAUAAGAAUUUCACUGCUUUCUAAUGAGAUAUAGGGUACAGAUAAAGUAACAUUAACUUUUUUUUUACAUAAAUGUGUAGUUUUUUUCUUCAGCGCUUGCUUGUUAGUUUUAAGAGAAAUGUACGAGCUAGCUUGUGAUAACGUUAAGCCAUUUCCGUUCAGCACGUCUUAAUAUUAUAGCUCCUUGUCUUGUGGUCAUUUAUUUCUGUUGUUGUGACACUUGUGUUUCAGAGAUAAAAAAUGACGUACGCUCCAAUGGGAAGCUAUGUGCCAAUUUCUGACCUAAACAUAAACAUCACACACUCGAAGGUGGUGGGGGUGAUAAUUGGAAAAACUGAUUCAAGAGGAUUUCCUGACCGGAAAAAUGUUGGGUCUGAAAGAUUCACUUUCAGCUUCACCAUCAAAGAUUCACCAGAACAUUUUAUCAAUGUGUCUGCAUGGGGAAAUGAGGAAUACAUUCAAGCACUGAGCUGUCGCUUUCAGAUCGGGGAUUGUGUUGUAAUUGAAAAUCCCCUCGUUGUGACCAAGGACUAUGAGAAAGAAGAACGGUUUUGCCCUUCAACACCUAGUUCCUACAGGUUGUUGCUUACAGAGACUCACUCGAGCAUUAGGAUAUGCUCAGACAUAGACACUGAGGCCAGGAUUCUGCCGCUAUUUCACAUACCAAUCAAAGACCCAAGAGAUUUCUAUUCGUUGGGAGACAUUACUGCAAAUGGACAAAGUCUGGAUGGACACGUUAUUAACAUCCUAGCAGCUGUACAAUCGGUUGGAGAGGAGAAAUUCUUUACAAAAUCUGGUGGCUGCAAAGGACAGAGAAUUGAAAUAAAACUCUUCGAUGACACUGGGAGAUCAUUUCCUUUUGUUUGUUGGGAUAAAGAGAAUAUUCGUCUGGUGCAAACGCUGACACAAAGAGAAACAGUGCUGUUCAUUGCAGAUGCUCGUAUCACCUUUGACAGUUUUCGCAAAAGUAUGGUGGCAACAGCGAUCUCCAAAACAAUCAUUACCGUCAACCCUGAUACAGCAGAGGCAAACCAGCUGUACACAUUUGUCAGGGAACUGUUACAAUCUGGAGGACUGGAUGACCAGGACUUCCUCUCUGGUGAUGAUGUGCUGUUGGAUUCCAUUAGAGACGUCAUGACAGUAAGCCAACUUAAAACCAGAAGUCAAGAAAAUGCAGAUGCCAUUCAUUGCAUCAUAUAUGGAUUCAUCACCUGUUUUGAUCUGGGUUCCUCUCCCUCCAAAAUAAUAACCAAGAGAUGUGCCAGAUGCAAAUUUCGAAUCAAUGAGGAGAGUUGGACGUGUUCCAGUGACAUUUGUCCAAAUCAAGGACAAGAGCUCCAGGCUAAUGAAUGCUUUGAUGUGCUGGUGGACAUCAGUGACCACACUGGCACUUUGCAGUCAUGCAACCUGGUGGGCACAGUGGCUGAGAAAACUCUGGGCUGUAAAACAGAAGAGUUUUUGUGCCUGUCGGAGUAUCAGCGGACAAGCCUGCAGUGGAAGUUUCUUCUGGAGCGAUGCAAAAUAUAUCUGAAGGUUCUUCCAUCUCCCAGAAGGAGAAGUGGAAUGAAGGCAGACAUCUUGUCAUGCGGACUCGCUGACCCCGUUGAAGUGAAGCAAAACCUUGCCUCAUUUGUGGUUUGAUGUUUUGCAUCAGCAACCAAACAACACAAAACAGUUCCUCAUAUGAGAGCAAAUCGAUUGUAAACGUGCAGAAUUGAUUGAUUCAUUCAAUUUAAAUGCAGAUUAUUGAGUAAUAGUUUUCACAUUUGGUUCCAUUGUCCUCCUUUACCUUACACUGUUUUUGUUGUAUAUUUAAAUUAAUUAACUUAAUUUAUUUAUAUUUAUUU